AUAAUUGCUAAUCAUCUAUUGACUGAUCUACAGAUAAAGUGAUUUUGGAAAGAACUGAGUCUUGCCAUUUUGAAAAAAAUUUAAAAAGAAUUAUGUAAUGCUUAAUUUGAAUUGCCAACUUGAUUGGAUUAAGAGAUGCUGAUGAUUAAAAGGCUUCUGGGUAUGUCAAUGAGGGUGUGUCUACAAAGGGAAUGUGGGAUAGUGAACUGAAGUAGAGCUACUCCCUAAGGGUGGUCAGCAGCACCCAACAGGAUAGAAUAAAAGCUGGAAGAACAAGGAAGCAGAUGCAGAUGCAAGCUCAACUCUUGAAAGAUUUCUCGAUUGCUGCUUUAAUCGUCUGAGGAUAUCAGACUCUCGCUUCUUCACUCUUCCAAAGCAGACUCUGCCAGUGAUUCUCCAGGUAGUUUCCAGAAGUCUUGGUCUUGGAAGCCUUGAGGCUUCUUAGUCUUGGACUGCACAGCUGAUGAUUCUUCCAGCUCUCCAGCUACAGACGGCCAUUGUGGACUAUCCAGCUUCUGGUCAUGAUUUGGUGCUAUGGAGAAAUUUUUGGUAGAAUACAAGAGUGCAGUGGAGAAGAAGCUGGCAGAGUACAAAUGUAACACCAAUACAGCAAUUGAGUUAAAAUUAGUUCGUUUUCCUGAAGAUCUUGAGAAUGACAUUAGAACUUUCUUUCCUGAAUAUACCCAUCAACUCUUUGGGGACGAUGAAACUGCUUUUGGUUACAAAGGUCUGAAGAUCCUGUUAUACUAUAUUGCCGGUAGUCUCUCAACAAUGUUCCGUGUUGAAUAUGCAUCUAAAGUUAAUGAGAACUUUGACUGUGUGGAGGCAGAUGAUGUUGAAGGCAAAAUCAGACAAAUCAUUCCACCUGGAUUUUGCACAAACACAAAUGAUUUUCUUUCUUUGCUGGAAAAGGAAGUUGAUUUCAAGCCGUUUGGAACCUUACUCCAUACAUACUCAGUUCUCAGUCCAACAGGAGGAGAAAACUUUACUUUUCAGAUAUACAAGGCUGACAUGACAUGUAGAGGCUUUCGAGAAUAUCAUGAAAGGCUUCAGACCUUUUUGAUGUGGUUUAUUGAAACUGCUAGCUUUAUUGACGUGGAUGAUGAAAGAUGGCACUACUUUCUAGUAUUUGAGAAGUAUAAUAAGGAUGGAGCUACGCUCUUUGCGACCGUAGGCUACAUGACAGUCUAUAAUUACUAUGUGUACCCAGACAAAACCCGGCCACGUGUAAGUCAGAUGCUGAUAUUGACUCCAUUUCAAGGUCAAGGCCAUGGUGCUCAACUUCUUGAAACAGUUCAUAGAUACUAUAUUGCAUCUCCUACAGUUCUUGAUAUUACAGCGGAAGACCCAUCAAAAAGCUAUGUGAAAUUAAGAGACUUUGUGCUUGUGAAGCUUUGUCAAGAUUUGCCCUGUUUUUCCCGGGAAAAGUUAAUGCAAGGAUUCAGUGAAGAGAUGGCAAUGGAAGCUCAACAGAAGUUCAAAAUCAAUAAGCAACACACUAGACGGGUUUAUGAGAUUCUUCGAUUGCUGGUAACUGACAUGAGUGAUGCUGAACAAUACAGAAGCUAUAGACUGGAUAUUAAAAGAAGACUAAUUAGUCCCUAUAAGAAAAAACAAAGAGAUCUUGCUAAAAUGAAAAAAUGUCUCAGACCAGAAGAACUGACAAACCAGAUGAACCAAAUAGAAAUAAGCAUGCAACAUGAACAGCUGGAAGAAAGCUUUCAGGAACUAGUGGAAGAUUACCGACGUGUUAUUGAACGACUGGCUCAAGAGUAAAGAUUAUACUACUCUGUACAGGAAGCUUGCAAAUUUCUGUACAUUGUGCUGUGGAAAACCUGAUGAUUAAUUUUCAAAUAUUGUAACAUUUUACUUACAUUAAAAGUUAUCUAUGUUAUCUUUAGUUGAAUAUUUUCUUUUGGAGAGAUUGUAUAUUUUAAAAUACUGUCUAGAGUUUAUGAGCAUAUAUUGCAUUAAAAAAAGAUAUAGCUUCUGAAAUACUGCAAUUGCUUUUCUUCUUAACCAAUAUAAUAAAUGCUUAGUUGUGAUAUAUUAAUGUGUG